UUGAGCACACCCACUGAGCAUCUGGGAGGAGAAGGAACUGCCUACAGAAACUUUUAACUUCCCAGAAAUCGUUGCUCCUUAUAAAACCACCGCCUCCCCCCGCUUUGAGAUUGAACACUUUACAAGUAGCGUUCCACGUUGAAAAAGUUGUCCAUGGGCGGCAGGGAAGUGACAGGCCGGCUCCUCGCUCAGAGGAAGCAGUCUCUCCAGUUCACAUUUCACCCUGACCCUGGCUCCUCUCUCAGUAACAUGGCCCUGUGGUACGCUUGCCUGACCCUCCUGGCCCUGGGCUCAGCCAGAGUGGGCAGCGCUGACUCUAUGGCAGACAGACUACCCCUGGAGCCCUAUGACCGGUUAUUCAGCAUGGCAGUGGAGGCCUACUACCGUGACGACUGGCAAGGGGUGAUUCUCAGCAUGGAGAGGGCAUUACAGAACCGGGCAGCCCUCCGCCGGGCAAAGAUACACUGUCGGGCCGAGUGUAGCCACAAGAUGAAGUUCAGCAUCGCCAACAGCAGCCACGACCUCUUCUUGGACAUGAACUACUUCCACACGGUGUUAAGGAAGGCGGACUGUCUGAAGGUGUGCGAGGGGGAGAGGCUGGGACCACAUUCCCUCCACCACAUCUCCGAGGAAGUGCAGCUGGAAUUCCACAAGAGGACCCCUUAUAACUACCUACAAGUGGCUUACUUCAAGAUCAAGAUGCUGGACAAGGCUGUUGCUGCUGCUCACACCUUCUUCAUGGUAAACCCGGAUCACCUAGAGAUGAGGCAAAACCUGGAGUAUUACAAGAUGAUGGCUGGCGUGAAGGAUGCUGACUUUAAGGAUCUAGAAGCCAAAGCCCAUAUGGAAGCUUUCCGCCAAGGGGUCCGGCUUUACACCGACGAGCAGUUUAAACAUUCGAUCCGUUUUUUGGAGAAUGCGCUGGAGGAGUAUUUCAAAGCCAAUGCCGAGUGCCGGGCACUUUGUGAAGGUCCAUACAACUUUGAUGGGUACAAUUACAUGGAAUACAAUGCAGACCUCUACCAAGCCAUAACAGAUCACUAUAUUCAGGUUCUAGGCUGCAAGCAGAACUGUGUGACUGAGCUGGCCAUACGACCCGACAGAGAAGCACCCAUUGAAGACUUCCUCCCCACACACCUUGACUACCUUCAGUUUGCUUAUUAUAACUCUGAGAAUUACUCCCAGGCCAUAGAAUGCACCAAGACAUACCUGCUCUUCUAUCCAAAUGAUGAAGUGAUGAAUCAGAACCUGCAGUACUACCAGGCAGUGCUGGGAGACGAGUUAUCCAGACAUCUCACACACAGGGAGGACAUUCAGACGUACAUCAACAACUCGCUCUUGGAGAAGGAGCUGCUGUACUUUGCCAAUGAAAUCUUUGGAGUCACUUUUAUUGAUCCGGACAAGUGGACUCCAGAGAGUGUGAUACCGGUUAAACUCAAGGCAAAGCAAAAGGCAGAACGGGAAACUGCAGCUCGCAUCUCUGAAGAAAUUGGAAAUUUGAUGAAAGAGAUUGAGAACUUGGUGGAUGAGAAAACCAAGGAAUCAUCUGAGAUUGUGAAGAUGGUGAGAGAAGGGGGGCCGUUGCUGUUUGACAGUGUCCAAGUUGUAAUGAACGCACGCCUGUUGAAUGGCACGCAGCGGGUCUUGCUCGACGGAGUGAUCACCGAUGAAGAAUGUCAGGAAAUGCGCUACCUCUCCAAUGCUGCUGCUUCACUGGGUGACGGUUAUUAUGGGAGGCCUUCUCCUCACACGCCCAAUGAGCGAUUCCAGGGGGUGACGGUGCUGAAGGCGUUAAAGCUUAGUCAGAAGGGCACCAUCCCACUUAAAACAUCCAGGCUCUUUUACGAUGUCAGUGAGAAGGUGAGAAGAAUCAUCGAGUCCUACUUCCGAAUGGAAACCCCACUCCACUUUGCCUACUCGCAUCUUGUCUGUCGCACAGCAGUGGAAGGAAUGCAGGACAAAAGAGAAGACCUCAGCCACUCUGUGCAUGUGGACAACUGCAUUUUAAACUCGGAGGCUCUGGAAUGUCCAAAGCAGCACCCAGCUUACACUGAGCGGGAUUAUAGUGCAAUCCUUUACUUAAACCACGAUUUUGAAGGUGGGAACUUCAUAUUCACGGAGAUUGAUGCUAAAGUUAUUACAGCGAUGGUGAACCCAAAGUGUGGUCGUGUGGUGGCCUUCUCAUCAGGGGCGGAGAAUCCUCAUGGAGUGCAAGCCGUGACCAAAGGGCAGAGGUGUGGAGUGGCACUCUGGUUCACCUUGGAUCCCACGCAGAAAGAACGGGAAAGGAUUGAGGCCGAUGACUUGGUGAAGAUGUUGUUUGGGAUGGAGGAGGAGCUGCGGCCAGAUGAGGGGGACGUCAAGGAGCCCGUCCCCACUGACCACCGGUCAAGCGAUGUCCCCACUGACCACUGGUCAAGCGAUGUCCCCACCGACCACCAGUCAAGCGAGCGCCCAGCCCCUGAGCCCAUCCACAAGCCGCAGGAUGGGGCGGAACCUGCAGGGGACGCUGCAGAGCAAGAGACGGAGGUGAAGGGGCCAAUGACAGAAGGCAGCAAAGUUCCUGAACCCAUGAUAAAAACUAUGGACUCUUCCCAGGAGCCAGCACCCACUGUCCCAGAUACAAAGUCAACAGCAGCUCUGAAUAUUCCAUCUACAAAGCAAGAGUUGUAAAUCAAUUUACAGCUGCUAACACAAGGGAUGAUGCAGCCUCACACAAGGGCAGAUGGGUUUAUUGUUUAGUUGUUCCUGGUAACUGUUUUCCAAUUUAGGAGCUCAAAACUGUGGAACAUUCCCUCCCACAGUGGCCAUCCUCCUCUCAGCUGGUGCCUUGGACACUCCAAGCGUGGCAAUUUAUUUAUCAAAAUCCUGUUCUUCUCCCCUCCCCCGUAGCCCCAAUGAUAUCCUGUGGCAUGGCAAGCCCCCUAGCAUCCAUCUACCUAGCUCCAUGUCAAAGCUCCUGUCCCUUGGUCCAUUCUACCUGUGUCCAUCGCCAACCUUCUACCUGGCUCUAUGGCCAAGCCAGCCUAUCUAGGUCAGCAGAGUAUACAGGAUGUCUUCACUCUGGGCAGCUCUCCCACAAGGUGGUCAGAGCUGCCACCCAUUGACAUGUAACACUGCCCAUGUCCACGUCAGCAACCAGACUAUUGGAGGGCCAAAUGGCCUACUCCUGCACCUAUUGUCUAUUGACACACACCCAUCUACACUGGGUCACACAAUGGAUAAGAUAUCUGUCAUUGAAAGGGGGGUAAACUGCAACUCGACUGUUGUUUCCUUGUCUUAACCUCUCAAUAUUAAUUGGACAAUGUCUCUCUGCCACUUUGUUGUCCAUUUCCUUGUCCCAAUGUUCCCCAGCCCUUCACGUGAAGCCCUUGAAUCUUGCUGACAGAUUAAUUGUUCCGAGUCUGCGAGGUGUUUUGUAAACCUCUCUGGAGGGGUGAGUGUCACGACUCUAUAUCGGAGGGAGCCUCAGUCCACCCCAGUCCUGUCUUUAUCUGAUCUUUGGGGGUGGGAGUUCGGCAGGGCAGUCUAGGCAGCUCUGACCUUGCCUCCUGCCAAUGUGUGGGCAUCACAAAGACCGAUGGGGGGGGGGGGGGCGGACAGGCUUCGAUGGUCUUGACUUCACACCGUACUGUGUAGGUGAUGGAGGCAAGGUGGGAGCAAUGAUGGACAGUCUUCAAAUGUGAGCGAUGCACAGUAUCCACCUUUCCACAAUUCACCGCUUAUAUUUCUGAUUUUCAGUUCUGUAGUUGUUUAAUUUUUAGAUGACGAACUUUGUUGCAGUGUUUGGAAAAUGACACAAAGUGCUGGAGUAA